CUAACUUGGCUCGGCUGGGAAGGCGGGGCAGGAUCUGACAAGUGGAUGGCGACUUCCUCCCGGGAACCUGCGGGGUUACAGUGCGCAUGCGUCUCCUUCCGGGGCGGCCCCGCCCCCAGGCCUCGUCUCCUCCGCGUAUUCCAGCUCCGCCCCCGGUGCGAGCGGCCCCCGGAACCCGGAGAAGAGCAGUGAGCGCGGCUGUGACAGCAUGACUUUGGAGGCCAUCCGCUACUCGCGGGGCUCGCUGAAGAUCCUCGACCAGCUGCUGCUGCCCCAGCAGAGCCGCUAUGAGGCUGUGGGCACGGUGCGCCAGGCCUGGGAGGCCAUCCGCGCUAUGAAGGUGCGCGGCGCCCCAGCCAUUGCCCUCGUGGGCUGCCUCAGCCUCGCCGUGGAGCUGCAGGCGGGCGCCGGGGGACCUGGCCUUGCCGCACUCGUGGCCUUCGUCCGGGACGCGCUGAGCUUCCUUGUCACCGCCCGGCCCACCGCCGUCAACAUGGCCCGCGCCGCCCGGGACCUGGCCGACCUCGCGGCCCAGGAGGCGGAGCGGGAGGGCGCAACGGAGGAGGCGGUCCGAGAGAGAGUGAUCUGCUGGGCCGAGGACAUGCUGGAAAAAGACCUCCGGGACAAUCGGAGCAUCGGGGACCUGGGAGCCCACCACAUCCUAAAGCGGGCAGCACCCCAGGGUGGCAAGGUGACCGUGCUGACCCACUGCAACACUGGUGCGCUGGCCACCGCUGGCUAUGGCACAGCCCUAGGUGUGAUCCGCUCACUGCAUAACCUGGGCCGUCUGGAGCACGCCUUCUGCACGGAGACCCGGCCCUACAACCAGGGAGCCCGGCUGACGGCCUUCGAGCUGGUCUACGAGCAGAUCCCUGCCACGCUCAUCGCUGACAGCAUGGCGGCAGCCGCCAUGGCCCACCGAGGCGUGUCAGCUGUUGUCGUGGGAGCCGACCGCGUGGUUGCCAGUGGUGACACAGCCAACAAAGUGGGCACCUACCAGCUAGCCAUCGUGGCCAAGCACCACGGCAUCCCCUUCUAUGUGGCUGCCCCCAGCUCCUCGUGUGACCUCCGCCUGGAGACAGGCCAGGAGAUCGUCAUUGAGGAGCGUCCCGGUCAGGAGCUGACCAACGUCAAUGGGGUCAGGAUUGCGGCACCAGGAAUUGGAGUUUGGAAUCCUGCCUUUGAUGUCACCCCUCACGACCUCAUCACUGGUGGCAUCAUCACAGAGCUGGGCGUCUUUGCCCCCGAGGAGCUCCGGGCAGCCCUUAGUACCACCAUCUCCUGAGUGGGAGACCCUAGAUGGACCCCAGAAGUAACCAACCUAUCUCUCCAUAGCUUCCAUAUCCCCUCCAUAUCCACAUUAUUUUUAUAAUAAAUUUAUUGAAUGUUCUGCCCAA